AUGGUAGGAGUCAGGAUGGGGAUUUGGUUGACGAUGGGUUUGUUGGGCUCUUUAUUCCCAGUGACGAUGGGUGAAGUGACGGGACAAAGAAUGUGUAAUCAGUAUAUGUGUAUAGAGGGGAUGAGAGAUAGUACGACUAAUUUGGAUACUUAUACUCUCAGUCCACCGGAUGGAAAGACAUUGCCUUUAGGUCAAAUUGGUUGGAUGGGAAUGGGGUUCGGAAGCCAAAUGCCAAACACACCAAUGGUCAUAGUUUGGCCGAAUUCUGACGGAAGUAUCACCAUUUCUCAACGUCAAGCUCCUUCACAUAUUAUGCCUACUGUUGUAUCCGACCCACCUAGAGUAGCAUCCCUCGACACAUCUUCAUCCUUCUCAAACUCCUCUUCCUCUUCAUUCACCUUCUCCCUUCCCACCACUUCCGGCUCCUCAGGUCAAACACCUUUAAUCUGGGCGUACGGAUCAACCAAUCCUUCAUCUUCAUCCCCUUCUGCUAAUCUUAUUCAGCACGUAGGAAUGGGAAUAACCACCCUCGAUCUUUCCGCAGCAUUAUCAUCAUCAUCAACCCCAACCAUGUCAACAUCAGGUGGAUCCGAUUCCGAUUCUGACUCUGACUCUGACUCCGAUUCCGAUUCUUCUAGUCCUCCAAAAGUCCUAAUCGCACAUGUUUCUUGUGCCGCCUUAGCUACCCUUUUGUUCCUUCCAUUAGGAACCCUCACACCUCGUAUAGCAAGAGGUUUCACAACUCGUCGAUGGUGGUUCCCCACACAUGGAAGUUCGAACGGUAUCAUCUCAUUAGCUCUCAUAAUAGCUGCUUUCGCUAUUGCUAAACAUAAUUUCGAUGAUGAAGGUUAUAAUACGGAACAUAGGGUAUUAGGAUUAUGUUUGUUUAUAUUCAUGUUGGUUCAAGCUAGUUUAGGGGUCUUGGUUCAUUGGUGGAAAAUCGAUCAUCGGUUUAAAAUCGCAGGAAGAGGUCCUAUGAAUUUCAUUCAUGUUGGAUUUGGUAUAGCUAUUGUUUUUAUCGGAUGGUGGACUGCAUGGUUGGGUAUGACCCGUGAAUGGCCUUCGUCAGGUUACACACCCCCUCAUAGAGGGUUGAAAAUUGGUUUCUGGAUUCUAUGUGGGUUCUACGCUUUGGUCUAUGUAUUAGGUAUAAUUUUCCUCCUUCCUCGUCAAUUACGAUUAGAAAGUAAUCGAGUCGGUCAAUCAACUCAACCAAGUCAAGAAGAAUUAAAAUCUGGUCCGAUGAUAGGUAUGUCAGGUCUUCGACAAGGGACGAGUAACACUUCCACCAUAGAGUAA